UAAAUAGAUAAAUAUUUGUCUGCCUUGUGUGUCCAGACCGAUUGUUAGCGCAUGCAUUAUGUCUGCGCACGCGUACUACGACAUGGAUGACAUGGAAGUCGGCAGCGAUCUUCUCUUGAGGUUCAAAUCGAUGGGAACGGACGACCACGAGACGCUAGUCUCACAGUUUCGUCAGCUCGUCGGAUCGGAAGUGACCAUUCAGGCAGCUGUCUUCUUCCUUGAAAUGAACAACUGGAAUCUGCAAAAUGCUGUUGGUUCGUAUUACGAUUUGAAUUUGUCGUGUCGGCGUAUCCCAUCUAUGGCGUUGGUAGAGGAUGUGACUAUAGGAGAGGGAGAGUCGGUGCCUCCGUCUACCGAAUUCAUGAAAACGUGGAGAAUUAAGAACAGCGGGUGUGAGCAGUGGCCCGACGGCUCGAAGUUACGGUUUGUUGCAGGCGAUCAGCUGGGAGCCGUCGACGAAGUCACUGUGCCGUCACUUCAACCAAACGAGACGAUCGACAUCAGUGUGAUAAUGGUGUCUCCUAGUGAAUCUCGUAUGUACCAUGGACAAUGGCAGAUGUGCACCAACACGGGAGAGAAAUUUGGAGAAGUGAUCUGGGUGAUCAUCUGUGUUGAGGUGGGCGGAGCCUUGGCCGUUACUCAACAUCUCUCUGCGAUCAGUACGGGCUCUACGACAUUCCAGGGUCCAUCAUCGGUACGAAAUCCAUUCGCCAUGAAGAACCACGAAGCCAAUCUACCGUAUCGACCGUCUCUGUGUACAAACGAGGAUAGUACAGGAUUGGUCGUUGAGAGACUAGCAAAUGGUAUGGCGAUUUCAACGAUGGAUGAAUUAGUGUGCACAAAUGGGCUUGCUGACACCGAAUCAGAAGAGAAUGUGAAUAGUCGACAACAAGAGGAAGAAUCUCGGACUUCAUGUUCGACACUGUUUGGGUCUGGUGGUGGUGGUGGUGGUAUACGAUAAAUAGUUUGUGUUAUUGUGUGCUUUACAUAUUGGACGUUGAUUUAAGAUCUACUCGAAUUUAUAUUGAAAUCGUAUUGUUAUUAUUGGAACGUCGUGACUGUUUUGUAUUGGUAGAUUUCAAUUGGUAUUACAAUACAACCGCAUGCCUGUA